CCGCGCUAACACCUGGCGGUUGGGCGUGCCUCAGUUUCCCGGGGGCGGGGCGUUCCUCUAUCCCCGCUCCUCCCCUUGUUUCUCUUCCUCUUUGGGGCACCCGUGGCCGCGCCUCGAGCACUCCCGGAACUGAAUCUAGGUGCCAGACCGUCCGGAGGCGGGGGCCACGUCAGCGGGGCCUCCCCGGGCUGCGCGGGGUCCGGCGGGCGCCAUGCGACGGGGCGCGCUCCUGGCGGGCGCCCUGGUCGCUUACGCCGCGUACCUGGUGCUGGGCGCGCUGCUGGUGGCGCGGCUGGAGGGGCCGCAGGAAGCCAAGCUCCGGGCCGAGCUGGGGACGCUGCGGGAGCAGCUGCUGCGGCGCAGCCCGUGUGUGGCGCCCCCCGCCCUGGACGCCUUCGUGGAGCGGGUGCUGGCGGCCGGGCGGCUGGGGCGCGUAGUGCUCGCCAACGCCUCGGGGUCCGCCAACGCCUCGGACCCCGCCUGGGACUUCGCGUCGGCUCUCUUCUUCGCCAGCACGCUGGUCACCACCGUGGGCUACGGGUAUACGACGCCGCUGACGGACGCGGGCAAGGCCUUCUCCAUCGCCUUCGCGCUGCUGGGCGUGCCGACCACCAUGCUGCUGCUGACCGCCUCGGCCCAGCGCCUGUCGCUGCUGCUCGCCCAGGCGCCCCUGUCCUGGCUGCGCGCGCGCUGGGGCUGGGCCCCCCGGCGGGCGGCCCGCUGGCACCUGCUGGCCCUGCUGGGCGCCACGGUGACCGUCUGCUUCCUGGUGCCCGCCGCGAUCUUCGCCCACCUCGAGGAGGCCUGGAGCUUCCUGGACGCUUUCUACUUCUGCUUCGUCUCGCUGUCCACCAUCGGCCUGGGCGACUACGUGCCCGGGGAGGCCCCCGGCCAGCCCCACCGGGCCCUCUACAAGGUGCUGGUCACAGUCUACCUCUUCCUGGGCCUGGUGGCCAUGGUGCUGCUGCUGCAGACCUUCCGCCACGUGUCCGACCUGCACGGCCUCACGGAGCUCAUCCUGCUGCCCGCUCCCUGCCCCGCCACGCUCACCCAGGACGAGGACGAUCGGGUGGACAUUCUGGGUCCCCAGCCAGAGUCGCGCCAGCAGCUGUCUGCCGGCUCCCACGCCGACUACGCCUCCAUCCCCAGGUAGCUGGGGCAGGUGCUGUGAGGCCGCGAGCACCUGGCCUGGGACCGAGGCCCACGUGACUGGAGCUGACCCCGCAGGGACGUCCAGGUGCACAGGCAGGUGUUCCUGAGGCGCGGCCACCAGCCCUCCGUCCUCUGUUUUACGGCCCGGCUGGGGUGCAGGCCGGCACUCCCUGUGUCUGUGUCCCCGGCCGCACCGGGCACCAACGUCACCUCGUCCUCCUCCUUCCCUUUCAUUUUCCGUCACACUCUCUCGCGCCUUCUCUGUCUUUCCCUCGCGCUGUCCCCAUUUCCCAUUCUCUCACACGUUCCAUCCGUCUCUCUCUCUCAGCCACGGUCACUGGCCGAUUCCACCAGGCUCUGGGCUCGGAGCUCAUUUCAGGCACCAGACCAGUCGCCAUGUCUCGGACAAGUGACGUCCCCUCCCCGAGCCUCGAUUUCCUCUGCUGUCACACAGAAAGAAUGUACUCACUCAUGCCCCAAUCCCUGCUUUUGCUGGCCCCGUGCGAGACAGCGCUAGGGACAUGACGGUGAUGGAGAUGGCCCGGGGCCCCCUCCCAUGGGGCCACAGUCCAGUGAGGUAGACAGACCCGUCCCCAGACAGGGACAGCCCCAAAUGAGCAGGACUUCAAAUUGGGAGGCAGAGCGAUCACAGGUGUGACGGAGGAAACACCGGCAGAGUGGUCAGGGCCGAGGCGGGGGAAGCACGAGGAAUGUGCCCAGUCCCGCCUGGAAGGUCAGGGAGGGCUUCCUGGGGGAAGGGACACCUGAACUACGAUCUGAAAUCUGAAGAGCAGUCAGGGCAAGAAGCUGUACCUGACUCGUCUUUCUCGAGUGUCUCUAGAGAGCAGGACCUGGUCAAGGAGCCCUGGGGGUGGGCCCGGGUGAUAGAAUCUUCCUGAACAGCGUGGCGGCAGGAAACUGACACAGGAUGCCAGCCCGGAUCCGAGUGGCCUGGGAGGCGCCGCUCUUAGCCCAACACUGUUGUAACGGGCGUCCCCUCUUACUGGGCACUAACUGCACGUCUGCUCGGGGCUCCCGAGCCAGCCUGCCUGCGUCCUUGGGCUCCAAUCCCAGCUCAGCCCUUGGGCGGUCACUCCACCUCUCUGGUUCCUUUCCUCCUCUGUAAAGUGGCGAUCGUGACAGUACUACUUCCAAAGACGAUUCACAGAGCCUGCCGUGUUGUUCCGUGGUGCUUCCUGUGGCCAAGCCCUGUUCUGGGUAGUUUACACGAGGGAGAGGCUAUUAAUCAUCCCCUUUCCACAGAUGGAGAAACUGAGGCACAGAGAAGAGAGGUCCCUUGUCUUAGCCACAGAGCGAGGAGUGAAUGACUUUCUGUUUGAUCCCCCAAGCUGGGGCAUGGGUGUGAGCCUCACCGCCCAGGCUGAGCUCCUGGCCACCGCGCCCUGUGGGGGUUACACGGGGACCGGGCAUUUGCGCCGGACAAGUGGCAGAGGUGUGGGGAGGGCGUGCCAGGCAGAAGGAACUGCGUGCAAGGCUGGGAGGUGGGACAGCGUGGUGGACGUCAGCCUGGGGCAGGCAGUUUACUGUGACGGGAGUGUGGAGGGGUGGACAAGGGCACAUCUCGGUGUCCUUAAUU